UCCCCCUCCACCACCACCCCCCACCACCCAGGGCCUGGUUAACCCUUGUGCCUAGAACAUCUUGUUUCCUCAGAGCCUUGGUUCUAUAAUUUUUACAUUUUGGUCAGGUUUCUUGAUGCUAUACCAUGUAUGCAGUGAAGUUUUUGGUAAUUAAGUUGCUGCACAGAGUAUGCAGGAACUCACUUCAUAUGACCACCUGGCUGCCACUGGGCAGACCCUAUUUUUAUUUGUUAGUGUUACAUUUGGGUUAAUUAAGGCCAGUUGGUUAAUCUGUAGCCAUCUGUAACAGUCCUCUGAAGGGUCUCCAUUCCAGGGACAAAGAAAGUGUAGCUCUCAGCUGCCAUGAAGCAGCUUGCAGUCUGUGUGAGUGGAUGUAGUUCCAUGAGGAGAAGGGUGGAAGGCAGUGCAGUACUGUCUGUCUGUGCUGACACCAAGCUGCUGAUCCCUCUUCUGCCAUAUCUAUGUCAUACAUACGAUAGUGAGGAGGAGGCCACAUAAUGUACAGAAAGCACUUGGUAUGGAGUCUGGCACCUACUCGGUAUUCAGUGAAUGAUGCUCUUACAGCAGCCCAGACAAGAAGCCCAUGUGAACGGCUGAGGACACAGCGCCUUUUCAGUGGCUGGAGAAGGUUCUCUGGGCUGCCGGGUCCAGGAAUGCUUCCAGAUGGAGGGACACUCACAACUGGGUUUCCCAAGGCUAUGGCAUUCAUAAACGGGCAGCAUGGAGCCUCUCUUCUGCUUCCAGCCUCCCACCAUCCUAGGUACACAUUGCACCUGACCGUGGCUGGCCUGGAGGCAGGGAGCAGGCCACCUGCAUACUGCUGAGAUGUGGGUUGCCAGUGGCCUAGCCUAUCUGACUCAUCCUAUUCAGAAUGUCCUGUCAGAUGGGAAAAUAUGCCACUGCUCUUGACAGUGCACUUUCUGUGUAAUGGGCACAGUCCUUUGAAGCCAAUCUGUGAAUUAGUGUACAAAGUAAUUUUAAAUCUUAUUUGGUGCUCACAGUACCCUAUAAGGCUGACCAUUGCUCUUUCUGUCUUACAGAGGAGGAAACCGGGGCCCAGAAGGCUAGAUAACUCGCCUAGGGUCCUCAGCUAGGAAGAGCUUGAGCCAAGAUUUGACCUCAGAGAUGAGUGCAGAGCUAUGUCUUCCCUCAAGUGGUGCAGGGAACGCAGGCUUGCCAGUGUUCAGCUGAACCCUUCCUCCUUCCCUCUCUCUUUUCUUUCCUCCUCCUCCUCCUCCUCUCUCUCUCCCUUUCUCCUUCUCUCCUUCCCUCCCUUGCUCCCUCUCUCUCUUUCCCUUCCUCCUUCUCUACUUUCCUUCUUCCCUCCCUCCCUCCCUUCAUUCCAUCUUCCUUCCUUUCUUUUGUGACAUUUUUAUUUUUAAGAUUAUAAUAUAAUUCCAUCAUUUCUCCCUUCUCUUUCCACCCUCUAAACUCUCUCAUUUACCCCUCUUGCUCUCUUUCAAAUUAUGGCCUCUUUUUCCACUGGUUGUUGAUAUAUCAGAUAUUCAUAGAUAGAUAGAUUCAUAGAUAGACAGCCAGAUAGACAUAUAGAUACAGAUAUUCCUAGUAUAACCUGUUCGGUCUGCAUAGUGUUACUUGUAUGUAUAUUUCAGGGCUGAUCAUCUGGCAUUGGAUAACCAGUUGGUGUGCUACUCCCUGGGGAAGACUAUUCUUCCAUUCUCAGUACUUAUUCCUUAAUUGCCUGGAGUUCUUUGUGUAUGGUUGAGGCCUUGUGGUCUUUUCUCCGUCUGCUUUGGCAUGUCUGUCGGAGUCAUCCUUGCUCAGCUUGUGUGUAGGCAGGCAUGUCGGUGAGACUUGAUAAGUGAAGCUUCAGACAUGACUAAGAGACACAGCCUCACAGCAAACUCCACCACCCUCCAGCUCUUAGCAAGCAGAAUCUUUUGAUUCCAUGGCAUCUGUCCUAGAACGAGAAAGCAUUCUGUGCUAAGGAACGUUGUAGAACCCUUAUCUGCUCUUCUCCCUGUUCUUGAGUUUGACAUCUCUGGUGUGAUUCAUAGGGUCUUGGAGGAUCCUGCUGCAAGGCUUAUGGGCAAGGAAGGAAUGCUCUCACUGGCUCUCCGUUUCCUCACUGUAGAGCAUAAUAGUAAUGAGUUGGGAGUGGGAUACAUAAAAAGCACUCAGCACAGCAUCUGGCAGAGGAGCAAAUGUCGCUUGUUUUUGUUCUGAAGUGUCCCUUGGACUUGACCCCAAGUGGAUGCACCUCUUCUGGUAACCUAAGGAGCAUCCAGUUAGGAGCAAGGGAGAGAGAGGCUGGCUUUCUUGCAUGAACACACUGCUGCCUCUUGGUGGUUCUUCCUGGAUGGGUUGGAGGGCUACCUCUAGGGACAGCUUAUCUGAUGAUGAGCCCUGAAGAGCUGCUUAGAAAGGGGAAGUGAGUGCCCAGUGCUCAGGGCAGCGAGGGAAGCAGGGUUGCCUGGGCUCAGGACGAGUAUGCUCAGCCUUAUUAGGCUUGCCCAGGACUGACGUGGAAAAGCCUGAAUUAAUGAUUUCAUCACAGAAGGCCUUUCAUGUUGGGGUGUGCAGUCAAUUCAAGAAAUGUUUAAGAGGCAGACAUUCCCACACAACUCUUUCUCAGGAUUGGUCUGGAGACCCUUGCUGGGAUGGAUCCUCAGCUCUGAAAUCCCCUACCAAGCAAGAGCCAGGCCGAUCCUGUGGUGCUAGCUAGCUUUCUCCAGACUGCAGAGUUCACAGACCUCUCUGCUUCUUGGCAGUGAGUGAAGAGGAUAGCAGUGUGGAGGUGACUACUAAUUAUGAGCGUGCUCACCCUUGCAGAGCGUCUCAGCGCUUUCCACCCGCCUCACUGUUUAAAGCUAACCAGCCCUACGCCCUUCCCCUGAGCACCCACGCUGUGCAUCAGGUGCCUGCUCAUAAGGUGGCGCAUGAGAGAAGGAACUGGGACAUCUGCCCUCCACAGUGGGCUGCAGAGAGGUCAGGAGAGCUCUCAGGCCAGGUUUUUCACAAGUCUGCCAGGUUCCCAAAGCUUGGAAGCCGUAGUCUUUAAACUGAAGACAUUAUAAAAAGGUAUGUGCCUUACCCAGUCUCAAAUUGAAAGCACAGUGUCUUCACACACCCACACACUUCAAUUCAGUGUGAUCAGCCUGUGGGCAGACCUGGAGUGUCUGUCAACUAAGAGAGAAGCUCCUGGAUGGUUGUGUUUGAGGGACCUUCCCCCCAGGACAGAGCCAGCCAAGUUCAAGUCACAACUGUUGUGACUUGAACGUCAUCAUUUUGGAGAUGAGCUGCAGAUGACUGGAGGUGGUCCACUCAUGACUGGCAUCCACCCUGGAGGUGGUCCACUCAUGACUGGCAUCCACCCUGGAGGUGGUCCACUCAUGACUGGCAUCCACCCUGGAGGUGGUCCACUCAUGACUGGCAUCCACCCUGGAGGUGGUCCACUCAUGACUGGCAUUCACCCUGGAGGUGGUCCACUCAUGACUGGCAUUCACCCUGGAGGUGGUCCACUCAUGACUGGCAUUCACCCUGGAGGUGGUCCACUCAUGACUGGCAUUCACCCUGAAGGUGGUCCACUCAUGACUGGCAUUCACCCUGGAGGUGGUCCACUCAUGACAGGCAUUCACCCUGGAGGUGGUCCACUCAUGACUGGCAUUCACCCUGAAGGUGGUCCACUCAUGACUGGCAUUCACCCUGGAGGUGGUCCACUCAUGACUGGCAUUCACCCUGGAGGUGGUCCACUCAUGACUGGCAUUCACCCUGGAGGUGGUCCACUCAUGACUGGCAUUCACCCUGGAGGUGGUCCACUCAUGACUGGCAUUCACCCUGGAGGUGGUCCACUCAUGACUGGCAUUCAACUUGGAGGUGGUCCACUCAUGACUGGCAUUCACCCUGAAGGUGGUCCACUCAUGACUGGCAUUCACCCUGGAGGUGGUCCACUCAUGACUGGCAUUCACCCUGAAGGUGGUCCACUCAUGACUGGCAUUCACCCUGGAGGUGGUCCACUCAUGACUGGCAUUCACCCUGGAGGUGGUCCACUCAUGACUGGCAUUCAACUUGGAGGUGGUCCACUCAUGACUGGCAUUCACCCUGGAGGUGGUCCACUCAUGACUGGCAUUCACCCUGGAGGUGGUCCACUCAUGACUGGCAUUCACCCUGGAGGUGGUCCACUCAUGACAGGCAUUCACCCUGGAGGUGGUCCACUCAUGACUGGCAUUCAACUUGGAGGUGGUCCACUCAUGACUGGCAUUCACCCUGGAGGUGGUCCACUCAUGACUGGCAUUCACCCUGGAGGUGGUCCACUCAUGACUGGCAUUCACCCUGGAGGUGGUCCACUCAUGACUGGCAUUCACCCUGGAGGUGGUCCACUCAUGACUGGCAUUCACCCUGGAGGUGGUCCACUCAUGACUGGCAUUCACCCUGAAGGUGGUCCACUCAUGACUGGCAUUCACCCUGGAGGUGGUCCACUCAUGACUGGCAUUCACCCUGGAGGUGGUCCACUCAUGACUGGUAUUCACCCUGGAGGUGGUCCACUCAUGACUGGCAUUCCCUAUCAGGUAUUGUUCAUUUUCCACCACACUUUCCUUAGUUCUGGGCACAUGGAUGCUCUCCAAAAAUGCUCAAGACACAUUGAAAUGGGAAUUUACAGAGUGGGCAGUUGUGACGUGAACAUUACCAUGCUCUAAAAAGAUGACACAUUGAGACCACCAAGGAAACAUGUAUAUUUAAUUAGGACUUUCCUCUCAUUCAAUUCAAAAGAAAACAAAGCAAUCAAAGUGCAUUCACCCUUUCUCCUUAGGGCAAACCUUAACAGCUCCAUAUGUCAGGAAGAGAUGACACCCCAACAGUGUGUCUUAGGGAGUGAAUUUCCUUUCAAAUCUUACUUUUCCCUCCUGGAAUAGUAUCCCCAGGCAGUUGCCCUGAUUUUCUUAGGAAUGGAGAUGGGCUUCUUGAUGCUCUCAGGCCGUGGUUGUUGGCUGCUGAGAGAAUUUAGGUAUGGUGGGGUUGGUUCCAGGCUGCCCAUCUCUGUGCCUGAAGCAUCCAGGUAGGUGGCACAGCCUCUCUGUUCUUUCUAGGCCAUGGGCUAAAGGUUUGUGGGUCAGAUGGCUCCUUUGCUUGGCUAAUAGCUUCAGUCCCAGGAAAAGCUUUCAAAGCUCAGUGGUUCAGCCUGCUCCUGUUUGCUGGUAGAGACUCCAUAGGGGUGGCAGGCAGUGGAGAAUCUGAGGGCGGUCUUGGAUUUGGUUAGAGAGGUGCAGUAGCUGCUGGGGCAGGUGCAGAAGUGGUGGGAAGCAGCCCGCCGUGCCUCUGCCCACUCCAACUGCCUGCUGAGCAGGGGAAAUGCACAGGUAUGCCCUGCACAAACGUGGAAGAGGUGGUACAAUCCAAAGCCGGCAACUGAUGCUGCGUUGCACAGACUCCCCGGACUUGGGGCCACAGCUCCUGCCUUGGACAUACACAGGACAGCAGUGUAUGACACACUGACCUCAGCUCAGGCUGAAGACUCCUUUGAAGAUCUACCAAAACUUCUUUAGAUGAAAGGAUACCGAACCCAAGUAAACCUCCGUGUCGUGCAGACUCAGAAUAGACUUGGAUCCUUUCUCUCUGAUUCUCUGGUGCCCACCCUCCUCCUGGUUCCUGUUAGUUUGGGAUGAGUGGAGCAUCUAGGUCCUAUUUUUCUUGGGUUUGUUGCUUAAGGGUCUUCAGUAAGUCUCCCUGGCGCUGGCAGGAUUGCACUCCCAUCCUUGAUCCAGUUACCUAGGAUACGUACAUUGCAAGCACAAUGAGCACAGCCUGUAAAGAAGAGGGGUAGCUCACUUGGGAAUCGGGGGAAGGGCAAUGCCCUUGACAGACGUCCACGGUAGUGACUCUUCUGAGCAAGAGUCCUCAAAUAGAUUCAGAGCCCUCUAUUCCCUUUCUUCAUUGAGGCAGCCCUGACAGGCAAAACAGGAAGGGGCCAGGUGGCUGCUCUGUGACAGGGUCACUGUGGUCUUCAGACAGACCUGUCUAGUAAGUAAACACUGAAGAAACAGGGUUCCCAGGCAAGAGCAGUCUGGAAGAAUGGAGGAGGUGUUGUGCGUGUGCAGAGGGUUCUCGAGGAAAGCUACAUCUGUCUGACCUCAGGGUUUGGACAGAGAUCCAGUGUCAGUCUGUUCACAGAAACUUUGCAACAGUCACAGCUCCUUUGGCCUUUAUAAAGAGCUUUGGAGCAGUGAGGAGGGUGACAGACUUGUGUAGGAACUCUCUGGUAUUAUAGGGUUGUCACUCCCUGCAAAGAAGCUGAGAGGUCUGGCCAGUACAGACCUGAGACUCUAGACGAGGUUCAUGGAGUCCAGAAUCUGUGUGACCCUGUAGUGUGCAUCAAUCAGACCCUGAUGGCAGACACUCAGCUGUUUAGUUCUGAUUCUGUUCUGUGACUUGUAGGAAAUUUAAUCUGACUCUCAUGGUUUUUCCCCUACAAAAGUAUGGAGAACAUCAAAGGAGACAACGAGAAGAUGCUUUGAAACAUAGAAAUGCAGGUCAAGCAAAGAGUCUUUAUGUAGUGUCACCUUAGUGUGCCCAAGGUCAGGAGCAGAGCGGCAGGUGACUCCGAUGGCUGCCCCCUCAUCUCUCUGCAUCUUUACAUCACAGAGCAUGUAGGCUUUGCUCUCUUGCAUGCUCCCCUGCUGGGUUAAAGGUCUAACUGGGGCCAGGAGUCCUGCCAGCUGUCCCUGGGGUUGAUUUCUUGACCCUUGCCCACAGUGUAAAUAAAGAGUGUGUGUAUCAUCUAUCCAGUGUGCAGACACAUCAAGAGGCAUAUAGCAUUGGCAAUCUACUGUGUGUCCUCCCAGAUGCCCCGUGCACGUGCCAUUCGUGAGUUUGGGUUUUUCUAUAAGGAUGAAAUUUUAUUACAUACUCCGACCCAUGACUUGUAUAUUUCCACCUUGUGAGAGCUCUUGAACACCUUUCCCAACAAUAGAUGAUUUCUGCAGUUUUGAGGAGCUACCCAGGUUUCUUUCCUUGUGUGGGCAAGGUGUCACUUAGGCUUCUACUUUGGACUUGUCUCUUGUUUUAGCGUCUCACCAUUAUCCCUAAGUCAGGUGCAUCCUCGUAGCCCGGCCUUUGUGUUGGUUCCUCUUGGUUCCCAUCACAAAGUUCCCAGAAAUAGAGAGUCUGUGUCAUAGGAGAAGGAUUUCUAGAUUGUUGCGUAGAAUAGCAAGAUUUGUGUGCAGAUUUGAAUAUGAAGUGUCCUCCUGGGCUCAUGCAUCCGUUGAAGGCUUGGGCCCUAGCUGGUGGAGCUCUGUUGGGAGAUAAUGGGAAGUAGGCUAAGUGGAGGAAUGCUCUCCAAGGAUCCACCUUGUCCCCGCCCCUGCAGCUCAGCCACUGUACCCUCCCCACCACAGUGUCAUAGCUCAGAACAGGCCACAUAAUGGAGCCAGGUGAUCCUGAGCAAACCUCUGUGUCUGUGACUGCAAGAAACCUUCCACCCUUUAAGUUGGUUUCUUGGGUGUGUGCCCCAGCAACGAAAAGCUGACCAGCAAGGCCUGUGUGCCUGUGUGUGCCUGUGUGUGCUGUGUGUGCCUGCAUGCCUGUAUGUGUUGUGUGUGCCUGUGUGUGUUGUAUGUGCCUGUAUGUGCUGUGUGUGCCUGUGUGUUCCUGUGUGUGCCUGUGUGUUCCUGUGUGUGCUGUGUGUGCCUGUGUGUGCUGUAUGUGCCUGUAUGUGCUGUAUGUGCCUGUGUUUGCUAUGUGUGCCUGUGUGUUCCUGUGUGUUCCUGUGUGUGCCUGUGUGUUCCUGUGUGUGCUGUGUGUGUCUGUGUGUUCCUGUGUGUGCUGUGUGUGCCUGUCUUCCUUCAGUGUGAGCGCCUAACCAUCUCCAUGUGGCCAGCAUCGUGUAACAGACAAAUCAUGCCCGUGCCACAUUGCCUAAGUUGGAAGACCUACUUCUGUUCUAUCAUCUUUUCAGAAUACUCUGUGCAUAGCUUAGAAAACAGUUUGUGUGUGUCUGUGAGUGUGCAUAUGUGUGUUUAUGUGUGUGCACGCGGAGGUUAUAGGACAACUCAGAAGUUGAUCCUCUCCUGACAUCAGUGGAGUCUGGGGUUGAACACAGGUUGUCAGGACUGUGUGCAAGCACCUUUACCCACUGGGGCGUAUCUUGAUGGCCCAAUUGUAUGUUUGUUCCUAACAAGUUUAUUGAUACAUGAUUCACAUAUUUCACCAUAAAAAUCUAACCAUUAAAGUAUGUAUUGCAGCAGUUUUUAGUAUAUUUGGAGUUGUGUAACCAUCAGCAGUUGAUUUUAGGAAAUGUUAUCACCUGUCAGAAGACGCUUAUCAUCAUUAGAUAGCAAUUGCCUCCCAGGGUCCAGCCCACUCAAAAUUCCGUUAAUUGCUAUGCAUUCUUUCUGUAUAGAUUUAUCUAUUCCAGAAAUCUUAUAUAAAUUAAGGUUAUAAUAAGUUUUUGAGUCUGACUUCUUUCACUUAGCAUGCUUUCAAGGCUCUUAGAUGUUAGAGUGUGUAUAUCAUUUUUUAAUGGCUGAAAUGAUGCUGCUGUACGUAGCUGUGCACAGAUUUGGGGUGAGCAUGUAUUUUCAUAUGCCUGUGUAACUACUAGAAAGUACAUGCUAGUGUUACAGGGUCAUGGGGUGACUCUGAGCUUACCCUUCCUUUUGAGGAACCAAAAACUCUUUUCCAAAGGAUUUUACCUGUGCAGAGUCCUGUUUCCUUCAGAUCCUUGUCAACAUCUGUCAUUUAAACAUUUUUAGUCUAGUUUUAAUUAUGGGCAUAUGUAUGUGUCUGAGUGUGAAUUGUACAUGUGAGGGAGUGCAGUCCCCACAGAGCCACAAGAGGGCGUCAGAUCCCCGGGAACUGGAGUUCUGGGAGGCUGUGGGCCAACUGAUGAGUGUUCUGGAAUCAGACGUGGUCCUCUGCAAGAGCACCAUGCACUCUUAACCACUGAGCCACCCCUCCGUGUCCUUCUGAUGAGACCAUUAUGUGAGACUAUCCAUAUCCACUCUAAUUUUCGUCUAUGUCUCCCCAGUGACGGAUGACACUGAGCACUUGUCACACUUUUGCCAUUUAUUGUGUCUCUUCAAAGACCUAUUGAGGUCAUUUGCUCCUUUUUUUCUACUGAGCUGCAGUAGGUUUUGUUUGUUUACAUUUUAGCUAUAGAUCAUUUUGCCAACGUGUGGCCUGUAAAUAUUUCAUCUUAGUCUGUGCUAUCUUUAACUUUCUUUCCUUUAAGAAAAUGAUGCAAUUAUGCUUUAAUUAUAGCCUUUCGCCUCUCCUAGCUUCUCCCGGAUCCUCACCCCUACCCACACAACUUCAUAUCCUUUCUCUCACUUAAAAACCAGACCAAGCCAUGGAUUCCAUUUUGUGUUAGCCAGCUACUCCUGAGCACGAGACCUGCCCUUAGGCAUGACAAAUGCACCCACUUCCACCUCACUGAAGAAAACUGAUGUUUCCUGCACCCAGCAGCUACCAGUUGCAAAUAGGAGUGAGAUUUUUGUGUUCUCUCCCUCUUCUCCAUGGUGGGAUUCUGUCUAGUUUCACCAUGUGCAGGUCUUGUGUGUGCUACACCCCUAUGUAUCAGACCUGUUGUGUCUGGAUGACACUGUCCCGGCAGCCAUCUGCCAUCUCCUGGCUCUUAGAAUCUUUCUCCUCCUCUUCUGCUUAGAUCCCUGAGCCUUGAGAGGAUGAGUUUGAUGGAUUUCCCUUGUAGGGCUACAUGGUCCAAAGUCUCUCACCUUCUUCACGUCCUCCAGUUGUGGGUCUCCAUGUUAACUCCCACACAUGGCAAGAAGCUCCUCUGACUGAUGAGGGCUGGGUGGUUCUCUGCUCUGUGGGCGUAACUACAGGCUAUUAGGAACCAUUUCAUUACUGCGCUUCUAUUCUAUAGCAGGGGAAUAGUAAUGGUUUUGUUUUUCCUCCAGCAAUGCCCCUUGAAAUACAAAAGCUGAGUUUUUUGCCUAAUCAACCCAGACAAGACUUAUUCCUUUAGUGUUUUGUAUAAAAGCUUUGUGAUGUUAACUGGCAGACUUAGAUCUCAUAACUCCAUUAUGAGUUAAUUUUUAUUUGUUUUUAUGAAGGCAAGGUACAAAUUUAUUCCUUUGUGGAGUUCCUGUUAUUCUAGAACCAUUUGCUAAGGAGACAAUUCUUCUUCCACUAAAUUGUCGUACUAUCCUUAUUGUUGAAUAUAAAUGUGAUUGCUCCUCUCUGAGCUCCCUUGGCCACUGAAUCUAUCCUUUGUACUGCAAGGUCAUUAUCCCUGUGUCCUUGUAGUGCGCUUUGAACUUGCAAAGUCAUCAGAUAGGCUUUUCCUUCUCAAGAUUGUCUCAGCUCUUUAGAGUCCUUGUAUUUCCAUGUAAAUUUUAGGACAGAUUGUAAAUUAGGGCAGGGAAAUUUUGAUCAGGGCACUGUUGAAUCUGUAGGUGAUUUGGGUAGUAUUGUCAUCUUCUAAUCCAUGGACAUGAAAUGCCUUCUUUCAUUUAAAAAUAUUGUCUAGGGUUUUUUUUUUUUUAAGAUUUAUUUAUUUUAUAUAUGUGAGUACACUGUCACUGUCUUCAGACAUACCAGAAGAGGGCGUCAGACCCUAUUACAAAUGGUUGUGAGCCACAAUGUGGUUGCUGGGAAUUGAACUCAGGACCUCUGGAAGAGCAGUCAGUGCUCUCAACCACUAAGCCAUCUUUCCAGCCCUUGUCUAGUUUUUUUUUUUUUUUUGGAUAUGUAUGUCCAUUUAAACAUUUUAUUCUAAGUAUUCAGUUCUUUUAAGUGUUACUCUGAGUAGGAUUGUUCCCUGGUCUCAUAUGAGAUUGCUAAGUGCCAUUGGCAUGUGGCUGGUUUCCUUGUGUUGCUUCAUUUUCCACAACCCAGAUGGACUCUGUUAGCUUGGAAGGGUUUUUAAAGGUAUGUUUUUAGCGUUUUCUAUAUAAUAUUAUAACAUCUGCAAAUACAGAUGGUUUUAUUUCUUCCUUUGUGUCUUUUCGAUGCACAUCUGCAUAGCUGGUGCUUCCUUAUGUUCUCAUUAAUGGCGGCGAAUGGAAGUGACCGGAGCAGACAUCCUUGUGGUAGGGGAAUUUUAUGAUCAAGUUUGGGUUAUUGAGUUUUCUUUUAUGACCUUUACCAACUCUGAAAAGUAUUCUUCUGUUUCUAGUUUGUUGGAUUUCUAAAAGUCACGCAUGUGUGCUAGAGAACACAGGGUACUUGUUCCCCUCCGAUGUGAAGGUCCUGUAAUCGGUGUGCCUCAUCCUUUUUGUAUGUUGGUUUCCGUAUGUUAGCUCAGUCUUGUAUUCCUGGGAUCCAUCCCAUUUGGUCAUGGUGUCUAAUCAUUUUCUGUGUAGCUGGGUUUGGGGUGUUAAUCUUGUUGAGGCUUUCUAUAGCUGUGUGCAUACAGGACACCUGUGGUCUCCAGGGGAAGGCUUGACUUUGUCAUGAAGACUGAUGUCAGAAGAUGAAUUGGAGAAGUAUUCUCUCCACUUUGGUUUUUUGGCACUACUUAGACAUCCACGUGUACCUGGGGUUUUUUGGGUUUUUGAUUGCUAACUCGGUCUCUUGUUACUCUGUUACCUUAGGCUUUACCAGCCUCUCCCGCUCUUCACAGCUCUGCGUAUGGUGUCUGCUGCCAUAUUGGUGUCUGUUGUGGUGGGUUUUUUUUUGCUUUGGUUUGACUUCCUUUUGGAGACAGUUUCUCUCUGUUGCCCAAACUUGCCUUGAGCGCUCAGUCCUCCUGCCUCUGCCUCCUGAGUAGGAGUUAAAGCUAUGCAUCAUCUGGCUGUAUGGCACCAGAUAUCCAGCUAGGGCAUCUUUACAAUGGACCUCCGAGCUAGUCUAUAGGGACAGACAAUCUUGGCUGUUUUUAGCUGGUUCCAGUUUCAGGAUUGACAGCUUUGCAGAUCCUCAGCAUUUCAUCCUUCAGUGAUAAUUUGAACAGUGUUUUGCCCAUGUUUUAAAGCAGACUCAGUGUGCAUAGUCAAAGCAGACAACCUUUACUGUGCAUGCAGUUGAUUGACAGCCCUUACUGUGCAUGCAGUUGAUUGAUUGACAGCCCUUACUGUGCAUGCAGUUGAUUGACAGUGUCAGUCUAGUGAACAAAUUCUGCAUCUUCUCUUGCCAGGAAGCUGCCACCUAUUGGCAAGUUUUAAGGAUGAGGCUAGGCUUGAAUGAAUGGAUAAGUAAGAAUGAUCUUUCUGCGCAGGGCAAAGAGAAGCUAGGAAGGAAUUAAACAAGACUGGAUAGGAAGGGAUUAAAGACUGCAGGGAAGGAGGCUUGUGGGAGGCUGUGAGCGACCCCUGGGCUCCUCCUUCCUCUGUGUCCUACCUCUCAGAGGCUCUCUUCUGCAGGCUGCACUUUCCCAGGGUCAGUCAGCUGCCUUGCGGCUUUGGCCACCAGAAGGCACUGCUGGAAGACAUCGGGUAGGAUGAGAGAAAAGUCACAGUAUGUCCAGCUCCUGACAAAUGAAGUGUCCCUCUCUGUUUAACUCCCACACAACGACCCCAGCUUCCGGGCCCUUUCAACUCCACCUCCUCUCUCUGGCCUUUCCAGCUUUUGGGAUGGCAGCAGCUUCCUGCUGGUGCCAGAUUCCGGGGUGGGUGGGUAGCCAUGUUGCUUUUCUUUUUCAUCUUUCAUCUCUUAUGCAGACAGUUCCAAGCAUCACAUCCCUUUCAUUUCAAAAACUAGCAUGCUUCCUCUGUUCUCAUUGGUCCCACCUGAUACCAGUGGUACAGCCAAGGCCUAGAUUCCAAGUAGAGGGCUGCACCAAGGCCAGGGCAGACACGUCAGAACCGGGAGGUGUUUGAAAGGGAAGUGGCAGGCAGUGGGGACAAGCUGUGUGUAAGGGGCUAGCGAGACAAGUGUGUGUGGGAAGCGUGAAGGUAGUUCCAGCCCAUUAGACAGGAACGCCCAAAGCAGCUGAGCCUCAGCCUCGGGAGGAGGCUUCCCUGGACCUUAAGGAACCUAUGGGACUGGAGCUGAAGUGAGGAGUUCUGAUCACCCGGGAGUCUGCUCAGCCUAAAAGGAUCUCUAGGGUCCUGGCUUAUUGGUCAGAAUUAAAGGCUUCUUGGUAUAUAAGGUGGGGUGACUGGAGCUCACUGUGGAGAGCCACAGUGCAGGAGGAGAGCAAGGACUGAUUUGAUGCUCCCAGUGGUGACAGGGUUAUCUGGAGGUAGGGUACUCAGUGGAGCUCUGGUCUCAGGAGAGAGGGGUCUGAGUAACAUGUGACUUCCCCUCUGUGUGCUUCCUAUUGCGGCAGGUGAUGUUCACGUACGAUGAAGGCAGCAGCUAGACAGAGACCUGAGUGUCAGCUCAAGUCAAGCUGAAAUUAAAAGUCCACAGUAGAGUACAAGUGUCCCUGUGCUCAGAGCUUGGGUUCCCAGUGAGUUUUCUGCUGAAUGUAGGCACACUUUUUUUUCCUUCCAGAGUUGUGGCCGGCUCCCAGAUGGCCAGGCUGGCCUCAUAUCCUGCUGUGUUCUACCCACCCACCCCUUCUCCAGGCCGCCUGCUGCCCACUCACCUGCCCCACCUCCUCCAGGCCCACUCCCUAACUGGCUCUGUCUUCUUCUAGCUCGUUGCUGUUCUCUUGUCCCUUAGCUCUGGUCUCAGGAGAGAGGGGUCUGAGUGACAUGGGACUUUCACCCUCAUUGACACUGUUUGUUGCAUGCAGACCCCACCCUCCUCCCGCUGGUUCCACACAGUCUAGGUUGGCACUCUGCUUUGGUUUAAUCGUUUCCCUUCUGCCACUUGCCUUUCCAUAACUGUAUCAUUAAUUAAUUAAUUCAUGGGAUUAGCAAUUACACGGGCACAUGGUCUAGGCUGGGCAGUGAAGCUGUGCCAUGUCCACGCUGCUUGCCUUGCUUCUGUGUACAGAGGAGGGGUGGAGCUGCCUCACAGGCUACCCUACCCGCACGAGACCGUUUGUUAGCUUUGCCCUGGCAUGCCGGGUACACAACUGGUCAUGAACUCUACUCGGAUAGACACUGGUUGUUAAGUCGGAAGUGAGGGAAUUUCAGCGUGUCUGAAAUCCUGUCUAUUUAGAUGAAUAUAGAUGUGGUCCAGCAUGCUUUGAAGCACAUAAUCUUGUCUGUGGCUCCUUUCCUGCUGACCCUCACCUCCAGGUCUGUGGACUGCCUCCCAUCUGUCUGGCUAAAGAGCCUUUGUAAUGCAGUUAGCUCUUGCACUGUGGCAGUCGGGUUCCUCCUAGAAUCUCCUAGGGGCCCGGACUUGCACCAAGUCUGAUUUGGGCUAUCACCCGGCCUGGCUCUUGUGUUUUGACUAAUUGGAUCCCAGGUGCAAGCCUUGCUUGGUCACAACCCCUCCUAGUCUUCUGUGGCUGCCAAACCAUGUCUAGUGCUCAUUUUCUUCCCCCAGAUAUUCAUGAUGUGUUGGAAAUGAAGAAGAAAACACACACACCCAUAUUUGGAAAGCUCAGAGCUCUCUUGGGGGCGGGAGCAGGGCACAGACUGUUCUGUGGACAGCGAGGUGUUGCAGUGUGGCGUAGGGUGUAGCUGUUCACAGCGGGCUGGGGAGAGCGCAGAGCAGGAGAAACAGGAAGCCCCACUUUGGCUGCAUGUCCCUGCCCUGUGCCUUGCCCAGUGCCCAUGAGAGGUGGCAGCUUCUGUGCAGAGAGGCCUCAGGGUAUGUAGGGACUACUGAAUGCUGGGUUCUGGGAUGUAGUACUAAAUUAUUGGUGGUGAUUGCAUCUUGCAAGGUGUCCUAAACAUGUCCUAACCACUUGGCCCUAUUCCCCUUGAUCCUUGCUACCCUAAAGACAAGCAUGGCUACAGGCCCCAUUUAAGAGAGCUGGUGGGAAGAUUCAUCACUCCACCUCUUCACGGUUGUGUCACCGUGAGACUGCACACCCUUAGUGACAGAGGUUGAUCCUGGUUGUGUUGAGGUCCUUUGAACAGCAGCUCUUAGAACCAGUGUAGACUCUGCAGGAGGUUGUGGACAGACAGCCUUUACUAAACAGUGCAGGCAGCCCUCAGACUUUUUUGUUUAAGGAUAUCUGGGACACUUUGGAGUUCCGGACAGGUUUUAAAAAUCCAGAACCCAGAAUUAUAUAGCAAGAUGAUAAACCAAAAGCUGUGGCUUAGGGCCACAUCUGUCAGGAUCACAACUUUUUGCAGGGGUCAGAGGUCGUUCUGCAGUAGGUGGGCAACUGCCACCAGGGGUCGCAGGAGCCUCAUCAAGACUCAGACAGGAACCACUGUAGCGCAUGCGCAAUUGCUCCUUUCCAGGUGCAUCACAUACCUUACUUAAAUUUACAUGCCUCAGUACAGGGGAACACCAGGGCCAAGAAGUGGGAGUGGGUGGGUAGGGGAGUGGGGGGGGGGCAUGGGGGACUUUUGGGAUAGCAUUUGAAAUGUAAAUGAAGAAAAUACCUAAUUUAAAAAAAAAGAAAAAAAAAGAGUUUUAAACAUGUCCAAUAGCUUAUAAGACAAUAAUAGUUUUUGACUCUGGACUUUAAAGACAUGCCUAGUUCUUUAAAUUGUGAUCAAUAACAUAUUUUCAGACCCAGCAGUAAAACCAAUCAACCUGAAAAAAAAAUUAUCUGCUUGCCAUUUGUGUCUUAAUACCUUAUAGUUCCUACCCUGCUCCAAGGCAGGCUGACUUAGCGUCCCUAUAGGCCGAGCUGGCAUUUGCAGUUUCGGAGACUGAGGUCACUGGGUUAUUAAACGGGAGUUCAGAGAUGCAUGGAGAAAAUUGAGCUGCCUGGGCUUCUCUGUUAAACUGGAACUAUAGUGAGGAGGGUCCAGGAAUGCCCUGCACUCUCUAGGAGGAAGCUCCAUAGCCUGUAGUUGUUCAGCUGGGUCACACCCAGGCUUAUCAGCCUGUCAUGAAUGCCUGGGACAGCUUUAGCAGAGACUGAGUUUACACAGGGACCUUUGAAAAGGGAAAGAAAACAUGAGAUCGUUAGCGGGGAUCGUGCCCUGUAUCCUCCUGGGUGAAGGUCCGUGGUAGUAAGGAAGCCCAUGUGAAAGCGCCAGGGUUUCCUGACGGGUUCUUUGAAGCAACAGAAUCUUGUCUUAAGCUUUAGCAAUCGCGUGUUUACAAAUGAACAUGACCUUCUAGGUGAGCAGUAGAACAAGACAGUUCUCUGAUCUUUGGGGGUUUGUGUCCCAAGAAGCUACUGAAGUAGAAAGCUCACGAAUCAGUGCCUGAGACCGUGUGAGACACCGGACACAGCCUCAACUCCCCUGUGCUUAUGUCCCCUGUGUCUAGAGAGCGUGCAGGAGACCAGAGAAGCCUCAUUGCGUUUCUUUGAAAAGCUGCUUUCUGCAUUUGAAGCUCUGAGAUCCCUUUGGAUGGUGAGGGGGCAAGUCGUUUUCUAGAGAAGUCCAUGUGUGGUAGGGAUGGACGUCAGAAGUAGGUCACUGCCGAGCUCCUGUGUGCCAAUUUUGCUAUGGUGGAAAGGAAGCUCAGGACUUGUGUGUGGGUUGGGUGGGGGUGGGGGAUGCUGUCUGGCCUUGAUGGUGUGGAGAGCUGCUAGCAAACUGUACCUCUCCUUUGAGCUUCCCACCCUUUCUACUCUAGAGGCUGUGAUUGCGCUGUGGCAGGAGGCUUCAUGCCGUAUGGAGUGGGCCUCGCAGCUCAGGUUGCUGGCCAGGGCUGCCUGUUUAUAUUUAGAUGCUGUAAGAAGAGCACAAGUCCUUUUGCUGCUGUUGACCCACAUUCAUAUUUUAUGUUGUUUGUGUUGGUAGACUUCUCUUUCAUUGGUUUUCCUUUUGGAGGCAGUAGGAAUUCAAAGAGUCCAUAGAAGGCUUUAAGACAGUUUUAAGUGAAGGUCUGCAGAGGUGUCUAUUCUGAAUUAUCUUUUAAAACUUUAAAAUUUACAUGUUUGUUUAUUUAGUAUCUUUGUGUAUGCACGUAGAGUGUGGAGGUCAGAGGGCAGUUUGCAGGAGUCUGUUCCCUCCUCCCACCGCAGAGACUCCCAGAUCAAGCUCAGGUUUCCAGGCUUUGGCCGUCUUACCUGUCCUGUCCCGAGUUCUUCAGAGACACUGUGUCUGUCACAUUUGCUGCUGACUGGUUUGUUUGUUUGUUUAACAUUAUUUGAAGACUAGCUCCUUCCUUCUCUCCAAGCGGCUGUUCUGAGAAGUCCAUCCCAGCUAGGGCGCUACAUCUAGUUGCUGCCCCCUGGGGUCUCAUGCAGUGAGGCAAGGACAGUUGCUUGUGUCCCCUGGUCACUGUCACCCUUGCUGUAGUUGGAUGGUCAGAGGUUCCAUUUUAUACUGCAGAGUAUCCUAGUGUGAUACAUCUUCUCUUCUCUUAGGGCAAAUGAGCCAAGGCCACAGUGACAAGACAUCACACUUGGGAUCAGGGUCUGAGUUGGUUGCACUAAUGGGGAUUAACUUUGAGGGGCUGGAAUGGGAGUGAUGGUUGCUUUCUGCUUGAGACUUUCCUGUAUUUUUAGAUAUCCCCUUAAAAAAAAAAGGAAUUGAAUUGUCAUUGGUGCUAGGAAGAUGCUAGUGAAGGUGGUGACUAUUUGUUCAAUGUUUCUGAAUGCCAGGCCCUGGCACUGUCGCCAGCACAUGUCACUCUGUACGUUUUCGUGACAAGGAGAAAGGCUCCAGGGUGUUCGACAGCAUGCUCCUGACUCACAGGGCACUCGUGCUAAGAAGCAAGGGUUCAAAGCCAGAUGUCUACUCAGAGUCCACCCCCGCCCCUUUUACUUCAGUAUUUCUCCCAGAAGAGUAUAGUUAUGUAGGUGUGAUUUUUUUUCAAACAGAGCUUUAAAAUGUUACAACAGAAAAGAGUUGCCCAACAUGAUCCACCAGUUCCUGCCUUGCAGUGUAGCCAAGCAAACUAAAGCCUAGGCUCUUACGAGAGGCAGGGCAGGAAGGCUUGUACAGACUCCCCAGCUAUGCAAGAAGUGGGAAACCUCCAAAAUUCAGCAAUCUAUUAAUGGAUUUAAAACAAUGAAGCAUUUCUUCCUAGUGGAAUGUUAUUUGCCAAUCAAAAGAAAUAAGGUUUUAAAAAUAAAUAGUAGUACCCAUACAAUAUUGUACCAAGUGCAGCUUGUGAGUGGUUAAUCUUAUGUCUGUGUACUUCUUCAAUUUAAAAAGCAAGAAAGUUUGAAUACUUGCUAACUAACUGUUAACCUUGGAAACAUUUUAUUUAAUCGAGCCAGGCCCAGAAGAUCACAUCUCAUACAACUCUGUUUUAUGGACGGCCUAGAAACAGCCAGUCCAUCAAGGCAGAAAGUGAUGAGUGGUCUCCAGGGUCUGAGGGCAGGGGCUGCGGAGGGAGCUUCUUUCUAGAGCGAUGGGAAGGUUCUGGAGUUAGCUGGCCAUGUUCUACUGAGUUAUACACUGUAAUAAUUUAGUAGUGUUUGGGCAGUAUCUCAAUAAAGCUGUUGUUUAAAAAUAGAUAAAAUCAGAGAAGAUUCAUAUAAUUCUCCCAGUUGGAGUCUCUCCAGCUACUGUUACCUAAAGGCAAUAAUGAUAAAGUAAUAAGCAUGAGGCUUGUUCAUUUACGUAUUUGCUUUUUUUUUUUUUUUUUUUUUUUUUUUUCUCGAGACAGGGUUUCUCUGUGUAGCCCUGGCUGUCCUGGAUCUCACUCUGCACACCAGGCUGGACUUGAACUCAUGGCAAUCUCUCUGCCUCUGGCUCUCAUUUAGCAUUCAGCCUUGUGCAAUGAACAAAGGAGCCUAGCUUCACAGCCCACAUUCUUUGCUAUUAUUGCUGUAGGCUAAUGCAUAGUGACAUUACAGGAUGUGAUGUAGUACCAGAAAACUACAGUUGUGGAAUCAGACUGGCUGGCUGGAUCCCAGCUCUGCCCCUUUGGCAUCAUCUUAGGUGAGUUACUUAACAGCUCCAGGCCCAGGUCCUCUGUCAUGAAGCUCCCAGAUAAUUGGCAAGUAGCUUUCAACACCUGUUAUUAUUGCUAUAUGUUAAAUACCUGUUGAUAUAUGGUUAUUAAAUGGAGUCUUUAAAAGCAUAAAUUCAAAUUGCAAGCUCUCAUUUCAUGAGUGUCUCAGGUUGAAUUAGCAUCUCAUUUGCUUGCAGAAUUACAGAGUGAGAGGAAAUAGUCACUGAAAGUGUUUACUCUAGCAGGUAAAUGUCAAUCCAGGAUUGACUGCACUUCUGAGGGUGUGUGUGUCUGUGUGUGCCUGUGUGUGUACACAUGUAUUUAACUCCUAAGAAGGAUAUGCUGAGCCUAGAAGGAAAACAAUUAACGGUGGUCCCCCAAAGGGGCCAGCCAUGGCUUUUAUUGAGAAGCCACUUAAAGUCAAGGAAGUUGUAGCUUUCCAGAGCCCUCGCAGAAAGCCCCGAGCAGCUUCACCUCCUUCAUCCCCAACACCCAGGGCAGCUUCUCCCUCCAAGGCUGCCCACCUCUUCCUCUAGUAGGUUGUGCACACCUGAUGCCUGUGGGAAUCCUGAGAGAAUAAACCAGAACACAAGUUUAACAACCCCAGGCUGCCUCCCUAUCACUUUGUAUUGUGAGUCUUGGGCCUUUCCUGAGUCUCCUUUCAGUUUUGGAACUUGAGAUCCCUAAACAUUGUCUUACUGCCCUUGAAGCCUACACUGUGGUGUCGGGUUAUCAGAGAUGUGAGAUUGUAUUGAAGUUUGGUGUAUCCAGUUAUUGACUCCCCCAUAGUCCUGUUCCAGCAAGGCCUCAGGAUGUGCCUGUCCUGUGUCUGACUUCCGGAGCUGUGGUUAAGAUAAAUGGGAAACAAUGGCAGUGUUGUAGUUCAUAGGACCUUUUGUCGCACUGACAGCUUUAUCACUUCAUAUAACUGUGACCUGUUCAUUAUAACCCUGACAGCUUUGUCACUUCUAUAACUGUAAAAAGUUGUUAUUCUGUUCAUUUCCAUGUGACUUUUAAGAAUCAAAAUGUCACCCGGCAGUGGUGGUGCUCGCCUUUAAUCCCAGCACUCGGGAGGCAGACUCAGGUGGAUUUCUGAGUUCAAGGCCAGCCUGGUGUACAGAGUGAGUUCCAGGACAGCCAGGACUACACAGAGAAACCCUGUCUCGAAAAAAACAAAAAACCUAAAACAAAAACAAACAGGAUCAAAAUAUCUGUUUGGCUGUUCCUCUCUGUAACACAAGUUAGUGUCUCAAUAGUUCAUAAACCACACAAGGACUAGGAGGCCUGGCGGUCCUGGGAUUGCCCAAGGUGGGGCAGCUCUUGAUGUGAGAGAAAAUCAGCUCGGACUUUGAUUCAUGAGAUUCCAUUUGAAACAUUUUUAUUGCCUCUCUGGAGUUGGACACUGAAUUCACUGCUGUUAGCAGCUCAGUAAAAGAUAUUGUCAGAGGACUAUGUAGUUACAGGGAUCAGGGCCAAAGCAUGGUGGCUUUAUCAUUUAUUAGCUAUGAAGUCCUAAAUCCAAUCAUGUCUACAAGAUCUUUGAGCACCUUCCUUGAAGGUUGGCUGUGGGGAUCAGAAACUGCACAUCAACCCCCAGGCAGAGUGCUAGGUGCUGAGAAGGCCUAUCUAAGUGAACCUUGACUAGUGUGCUUCAGUCUUAUACCCAGAGAAGGCCUAGGGCUCUCAGAUGUAGCCAGGCAUGGAAGAUUUCUGUAGUCCUACCUGAAUAGAACAGUACAGAGGCUGGACAUGGUAUAGAGGGCUCCCAGCCUGCUUCUUAGCUGUCCAGCAUCCUGUCCCACAUGGCCCCUAAUAGUACUCAGCUUUCCAAACUGUACCCUGGACAGUCUGGGAAUGGUGUGACCCCAGAGCAGGGCUUCUACUCCAACACCUAGGCUGUCUUGCAGUGUCCACUUCUGACUCCUGUACAGCAUGUGGGCAAGUCACUUAACUUCUGAGACUUUCUUUCUUCAUAUGUUUAUAAUACAAAUAGUAUCCACUGGGUGUCGGUAAAUGGCCAGUGUGUGUGUGUGUGUGUGUGUGGAAGAGCUACAAGAGCAAGGGGUAUACAAUCCAAAUGAUUUUAUCAUCACUAGUUCAAAGGAAAUGUGUUAGCCUUCAUAGAAGGACCUGCAAGAUACUAAUCUCCCUGUGGAAACUUUAUCUGGCAGCAGGGAGGUAGACCAUAGGCUGGGUGUGUGGAUAUUAUGCAUUUUUGAAACAGCAAUGUGGUCAGCCAUAUUUAUUACUUUAAACCUUGCCUUGUCAAAUAACAUUUUGGUAUGGCUUACUAAAGUUUGAGUGUGUCUCCAGAAAGGUUUUGUGCUAUUUACAGGGUUGUAGGUAAUGUUGAUAGAACCUCAAGCAGUGGGAGCCAGAGGAAAAUGGUUAGAUCCUUGGGCAGCAUCCUCGGAAGGUGCUGCUGUAGAUCUCAGGGGACCUUGGUUUCUAUAACAGUAGGUUGUUACUACUAGAAUGCACUUGGUCCUUCUUGCUUCUUGUCCCACUAUGACACUUUUCUUCUUGCACAUGCUCCCAUCAUGAUUCUGCCCACCUUGUUGUGAUGUAGUUAAAAGUACUUCUCAUCAGAGCUGGGGACAUACUAUCACUGUUAUUGAACCUCUGACUAAAUAGACAACUUUUCUGUCUCUGACAUUUAAUUGUAGCAAUAGAGAAUGUAUGCACUAAGUUUUUACCCUUUAGUAUAUAGAGGGAGAUAUUACUGAGGUGUUAACAUUGAAGAAGCUAUUUAGCAAGUCUGGUUUUUAUUAUUAUUAUUUUUUUAUUGUGUAUUCUCUAGGAGAGAAAAAGAAAGCCAUUAAAACACUACUGAGACAGACUUCUAAACCAACAAGGCCCCAUCUCGGAUUUUAAUGGAAGCCAAUUUUGGCCUUGACCGCAGAACUUUGCCUCUCAGACAGUGUUGAUGUGGUCCCAGGCUUGAGAAUUUAUCACCAAUCCAGAGGCCCAGCUUUUGACAGAGAAAUAAAUAUUCUGGAACUGAGUUGUGCAAAGAUGAAUUUGGUAUGCUAAGUCAGGAUUCUGCCAAUGCUCUGAUACAUGUCCCCUGGCAUGUAAAAUGUUGGGAGAGAGAGAAACAACAGUCUAACACAGUGAAGGGCCUUCUGCCCAAGACUCAUUACUGUGAACUCACUCGUAGCCUACCCUUAAAUGUUACGAGUUUGCUAUUUGGAACUUGAGUGGGUCCAAAGCUCUGUACCUAGUUUGUGGGGGAGGGUAGCUUGUGGAGCCAGUUUAAACAUCCUUACUAGCCACACGUGAACGUGGAUUGAAGACCCAGAGCACUGGCUUUGGCCUUUUAGAACCUAGUAAAAUACAAGGGUAAUCAAGUUAUGAUUACCUGAACAGACUUGAUAUUUCUUUUAUUCAGGGACCUUGGCAUGACUGUGAAUACCUUGGUCAUAACCAGAGCAUUAGUGGUCAAAGUCCGGCCUGCAGGAAUGGAGCCAUUUGUUGUUAUUGUUGUUGUUGUUGUUGUUGACUGUUUGACAUUCCCUGGAGGAUUGGUUUUCCUUCUAUUAAUGCUGUUUGGUUGCUUCUUAUCUGAGAAGAGAGUGGACUAUGAAACAGUCUUUUUUUUCUCCUGGUGGUUUAAAUAUUGUUCUAGUGAAUGUUUAAAGAACUUUAGGAAGCUGCAACCAAGCCCUUGCUUUUGAGUGGUUCUGGAGCUGUUAUGAUAUAUGAGGAGUGUGUGAUUUUUUUUUUUAAACACAUGUUGUCUUAAAAAAAUGUUAAAAUGUCAUAGCAGAAUUCGUACUAUAAGAGGCUACUUGAUGAUUUGGACUAUUAAUAAAUACUAAAAUCUAGAAUUUGUGAAACAUUAAGUGUUAGAACCAUAUUCUUUGUGUUUAAAAAGCUCAACAGAGACAUGAAAGAUAAAAAUAGACUCAUAAAAUUCUUCCAGAUGAAAUUGAUAAAAGUUGAGAUUAAAAAUACAAUGGAUGUGACUUACGCAAAGUAGAUACUACAAAAGAGAGUAUUAGUUAAUUUGAAGACAAAGCAAUAGAAACUAUCUAAACUUAGAGAGGGAAUUUUUUUUUCAAGUGGAAAGAAGAUACAGUAUAGUCUUGUCCUACUUAGCUUUAAGUAUCAAUUCAACACAGCCCACGGUCACCUAAGAAGGGACAGACAGCCUUUGGGGAUUCUUCUGUCUCUGGUCUCCACCACUCCAUAGGAGUGCUGGGAUUACAGGCAAGUGCUAUCAUAUUUGUCUUUGUUUCUGUCCUGGGCAUCUGAACUUGGGAUGGUGGCAAGUACUUUACCCACUAAAUCAUCCCUGUAGCCAACACAAACACUUUUAAAAGAAAUAAUGGCUAAACACUUUUUAGUUUUUGCAAAACUAUAAACACUCGUUUCUAGGAUUUUUGGUGAAGCUCAAGUACUUUAUAAUACAAACUGUUCACAGCCAGUGCUAAAGUCAUAAGAGAGCCAGAAAAAGAGACCUGCAGAAGGGUGAGAAACAGGGUUUCUUGUCAGGAAACACGAAAAUGAGGUUUCAGUGGAGCAACAUCUCCAGAGGAAAAAGCAAACCGCCAACCUAGAAUUCCCUUCCUCGUGAAAUCUCCAACAGUAGAGAUAAGUGCAGCAUAAACCAUAGUGCACCAUAAUGUAAGAAACCAGGAGUCGCAGGGCCACCACCACAUACAGUAAAGAGAUUACUGUGGGCAGAAGAAAAAGCACAAAUCACCACAGAUGAAUGCUUAGCGCAGAGAGCUCGACUGUAUUGCUGAAAAUAGAAGAACACAUUUCUUUAAAAUAAAACUGACUACUUAAUAAAAAUAGUAAGUACCCAAGAUAGGGUUUGCACCCUGCAUGAAAGUAAAAUGUAUCCAGUAAACAAAUACGAGCUAUAGAGGGGCAGGUGAGAGCAUGCACUUGUAAUAGUUGUUUUCAGUAUAUGAAGUUAUUUGAAGCAGAUCAUAACAGGUUAAAACCAAAAGCAACAAAUAGCAUUUUUGCUAGUACAUUAGCAAGUAAGAGAAAUAAACACUAGCCAAACAGAAGGCAGAAAAGAGGAAGAACACAACACAGGCAUGUGUGACAAAUACUGUUUCAAUAAAUGGCAUUGUAGGGAUUUGUUAGUUUUUUGUUGUUGUUGUUGUUCUUAAAGAUACAGUUUCACUGUGUAGCCCAGGCUGGCUUCAAAUGCAUGAUCCUCAGCCUCCAGAGUACUGGGGUCAUAGGUAUGUGUCAUCAUGUUUGCACAAAUAUAAAUGUUCCAAAUACUCAACCCAAAAGAUCACUAGAAUGGAAAAUGAGGAACAUUUGAAUGUUGACUACAGGAAGAUUAUUUAUUUAUUUAUUUAUUUUUAUUUAUAUGACCACGUUUUAGCCAUCUUAGCACACCAAAAGAGGACAUCAGAUCCCACUAUAGAUGGUUGUAAGCUACUAUGUGAUUGCUGGGAAUUGAACUCAGGACUUGUGGAAGAGACUGCUGAGCCAUCUCUCCAGCCCCCUCCAGGAAGUAUUUUAAAUAUACUGCUAGAAUAGAUUGUGAGGGAAAAGGAUGAGAAAGCUGCUGCGGUCCCACUCACUGUAAGAUAAUUGGAGGAGCUGGAUUAAAGUCUGCAGAGGUGGCGUUGAAGCAAGGAAGUCAGUCCAGUAAGUGUAAUAAGAACUCUGAAGUUCAUGUACCCAGUUGCAAAGCUUUGAAACACAUGAAGUGAAAGUUGUUAACAGUUUACAGAGAAGCAGGUAGCUAUAUAGUUUUGCUGUGACUCAGUAACCUUGUCUCAAUCAAGUCUAAAGCAGGAAGACAGAUCCGUAAGUUAUAGAGAGAAGCCGGGAGACAGUGUGCUGACUCCGAUGGCAUCCUACCUAACAACAGAACACAUAUUCUCUUCUAGCACAAGACUGACCAAGAGCAAGUGUAUUCUAGGUCGGAAACAAGUUGUGACAAAGUUAGAAGAGCUCAACUGUGUCUCUAAUGCAGGUCAGUGCUCCCCAAGACGGUCAGCAGGACAUCCGCAGGAAAAAGAAACGCCCACACCCAGGGAAGUCACUCAUGCUUACUGUUCAUUCCAUAGUCAGACACGGCCUAAAAUCAGUAAUGGUGAAAGGCAUGGAAGGAAGAGCUGAGGAAAGAGUAGGCUUGAACUUCGAUUUGUCCUCUCUCACCAGAGUCCUGCAAGCAGGCAGCCUUCAGUUCUCCCAGCCGUGAGUUAGGUGUGUUCACAAGGCAUUAGUGUGAGCAUACACAGCUGUCAGUAACAGAAGACAGUCCAGAGAUGCACCAUUGGUGCCCAUCAACUCUCUAGGAUAGUACAUUUCAUCAGGGCAGGAAAAUCCUCAGUUGUGUGGAAUUAGGAAGCUGGAGGUCUGUUUGCAAAGAAUUCAGUUCAGGCUGCACCUUGCAGCAUAUGUGAAAAUGGUGGCAGUGUGAAUCACAGUCUGGUUUCCCAAGUCUAGAGAGCAUGCAUGGUAAAGCUUUGUUAGCACAGCUCAGCCCAUUUAAGGAAAACACUGGAUUUCAUUUUUUUCCUGCUAUUUAAAAAAUGUAAAACAAACAAACAAAAAAACCCCAAACCAACAAAAAGAAACAAGAGGAGGAAGAGGAAGAAAGGAGUCAUAGACUGCAUAAAUCUGCACACUUUUAUCUAGAAUAUAUAAAGUAUCUCAAGCGAGUAAGAAAAUUGGCCACCCUGAAAGUGGGUAAAAGAUUUUAGGAGACACUUGCCUAAGGAAGACGUGCAGAUAAUAAAUACUCCGAGGAACAGAUGGGUAACGGUUGGAGUCAGCGGUGACGGAAGAAUCACUCAACACAAUGAGAUGCUCUUUCCUGUCCUCUUUGGAAGUGCUUUUUAAAAGUCAGACAGUAACAGUGGCAGCUCUGUGGAGAUAGCACCCACACACAUUGCUGGGCAGAUGCAAGAAGGUGAAGCCAGCUUAGAACAAUAAAUUGGCAAUUAAAAAGUUAAAAAGAAACUUGUUGUGUGAUCUAACAAUUCCACCGUAGGUAUCUGCUAGAGAAUAUUAAAAAUAUUUCUCCACAUGAAAACUUUCCAUGAAUAUUUAUAGCUACAUCGUUCAUAAUAACCAGCAUGAUAACAACCCACAUGUCUAUAACUGGCAAUUGGAUAGAAAAUGCACCCUAUCAGAGCAAUGGAAGGAAAGCUAUGAAAAGAGAAACAAUGUUUGCUAUAACCUGGAUGAGCUGGAAGCAUGCAUGCAGAGAGGUCAACUUCCAUAGCCACAUGUAUCACCUUGCUUACAUGAAGUGUCCAGAAGGAGUGAACAAUGAUAGUAGAUUGACGCUCUGAACUGAGGGAGGGCAGGAUGGAAACGGACUUAAUCUGAGCAGAUGAAUACAAGAGUGAGCUCUGCACAUCUGCCUGCCUGGCUAACUCCAUCUGUUAACACCAGUGCUGCGCACAAGAAGAACAGGGGAAGCUCGCUCAGCCCUGCGGGUGCACAGACCUGAUCUUAGUCAUUUCUUCCAAGGCUGUAACUUCAGUGUAUGUGAUCUAGAAGUUGUAUAUCUUGGUAGUUACUAAAUUAAAAUAAAACUUAUGUCUCCAAAAAAAAAUCAUACUCAAUUAUGCUUAUAACUUCUCCAAUAGCCAAAACUAAGCCAUCAAGCAAACUAUUCAGUAGCCAGAUAGGUAAGUGCAAUAUUGGUAAUAGCAAUAGAUAGGUAAUAGCAAGAGAAAGAAGUAAACCAUGGAAAGACAUGGAGGGGCCUUCAGUAUGUAUUGCUACUGGAGAGCAGCCUGGCUGUGGACUCCCUGAUUCCAACUGUAUAGAGUUCUGGAUACAAAUUCUUGGAGACUGGAAGCUUAGUGGUUUCCAGGAGAAAACAGAUGAAUAGGUGGGCACUGGACAUUUUUAAGGUGGUAGGUACAUUGUAUCAUAUAACAAUGGUAGAUACAUGAUGCCAUACAUUUGUUACAAUUCAUGUAUAAUUUAAAGAGUAAGCCUUAACACAGCUAUAGACUUUUAUUAGUGAAAAAACAGGAUCACAAGCCAGCCCUGUUAUCAUAAAGUACUACAGAGGUCUAUUUUAUUUCUAUGGGUAUUUUGCCUGCAUGUCUAUCUAUGCACCACAUGCAUGCAGUGCCCACAGACAGUAUCAUAUAACCCAAGACUGGGGUUACAGAUGGUUAUGAGCUGCUGUGUGGGUGAUGGGAGUUGAACCUGGGGCCUCUGGAAGAAUAGCCAGUGCUCGUAAUUAGUGAGCCAUUCUUCCAGCCCUUCAAUAAGACUUCUAAAACCUAACAGAAGCUCUGGCAGAGCUACUGUGGUGACAGAGCAGUGACUACUGACUCCCAGGGGACUAUGCUGACUGCUGGCUCCCUAUGAAUAAAGGUGGCUCUUCUCUUUGUGCAGCCUGGUGCUCUCCUGUGACUAUCUGUGGCCUAGGGGCAUUUGCACUGUGCUGAGAGCAACUUGGAUGAUGCCCUUUUUCAAGAGGGUGCAUGUGAGGUUUCAGAUUUUUUUUUCUUGAUACUUUGUGUGUCCACUUCCCUCUGUGGAGUGGAGUUCACUUUGAAUACUAACGUGUGUGUGUGUGUGUGUGUGUGUGUGUGUGUGUGUGUAUGUAUGUCAUGUAUGUAUGUCAUGUAUGUAUGUCAUGCAUAAUGGUAUAUGCCAGGCAGGAGACUAAAGACCCAUUAACUGUCUGAUUUGAAGGAAAUCACUUUCUUUAUCAUGACAGGUCUCCACUUCUUAGCUGUAAAAGAGAAUUGACCUUUUUGGUCCCUUCUAAUUCCAGACUCAGACUUCUAAAUGAGCUGGGUGCAUACCAUGUCAUAAGGCACUUGAGGCAACAGAGAUCCUAUUGUGAAAACCUGCUAGUCCUUCCCCCACUGUGUCUGGUUUCUCUAGGGGGUUGAAGGUCGGUCAGCACGGGGGUCAAGAAGUGUCUGCUUGUCCUCAUGUUGUUAUUUUUUCAGCCUUUCAUGCUUUUGUACAUCUCAGCCCUGAACUCUACCCUAGCAAAGAGUUUGCCCCAUCUAUGAGAAAAAUACCUUCAGGUUUCUGGGUUUUCUCUCGGUCCAGAAUCAGCCUCGUGGUUUAAUUACUCCUAAGCUUGUAGGCCUAAGUGUUGGUCCUAAUGUAAUAAGAUUUCCCAAGUUUCUAAGUAAUGUUCCCUCAGAGAAUUGAAAACUUAUUCCAAGGCAUGCCCCAGUGACCUAAAGACUUCCCACUCACUGCCACGUCUUAAAAGAUUCCAUGACUUCCCUGUAGCACCUCUGGGGGUAAAGGGGGGACCAGGCUUCUAACUAAAGGCCUUAGGGGACAUAUAAACUCUAAACUAGAGUUGACAGGCUUGCUUAUUUUAAAAAAUUGUUGAAAAGCUUUGGGCAUAGUUGAGUGAGGGUCUUUGUAUUAAUCAGAACCAUCCUGGGACAUGGUGAGUUGGAGAUAAGACCUUUAGUUAACUGCUAGAACCCUAAAGGGAGCUGCUGGCAUACUUCCAUUCGUGUCUAGAGUCCUGGGCACCUGAAGAUCCAGUGGCAUAGGUUUCAGCCAGACAGCUAGCAGGCCCCAAGCAAGAAGCCAGUACUUCAGUUCAGACAGGGAAAGACCAUGCUUGCCUUUCUCCCAGCUGAUUGGAUGAGGCCUGCCCACGUAGGGAAGGGAACCUGCUUACUCUGUUUACCAGCCCAAGUGUAAGUCUCAUCCAGAAAACCCUACAGACAUACCCAGAAGGUUUGUCCCGAUGUCCUAGCAUCCCGUUGCUUGGUCAUGCUGAUGUCUAAACAUGACCACCAUACUACCAUACGCUUCAGGACUGAAAGAGCUCGUGUGAAGGCCCUCUCCAGUUCAAGCUGAGUUCAGGGUGAGCCAGACUGCAUGUGGUGUGAACUGAAUGGCCCCUUUCUUCUGCAACUUUAGAUAUUCCUUCUGGAGCUUCAUUUUGAUAUUCCAUUUUGUCUUUAAAAGAGAAGACAGUCAGGGUGUGGGUGCCCUGUGCCUUUAACUGAGAAGCAGAGAGAGGGGCAAGUGGAUCCUUGGUUUACUCAGGGAAUCCAGACCAGCCAGUGUUACAUAGCAAGACCCUGUCUAAUUAAAAGGAAGUCAGGAUAGAGGAUCUGCUUCUCCGAUAGCCUCUUGCAGAGCCGACCAUUCUGUGACCCUGUGCAUCCAGACUUAGAAUCAUGUCCUAUGAAAACCAACUUGUUCAGUUUCUAUGUGUUUGCUUUGC